AUGGCUGAACCUACCACCCGUAUUGUUGAAUGUGAUGUGUUGAUCGUCGGCGGCGGUAUGUCCGGCUGCGGCGCCGCUAUCGAAGCCCGCUACUGGGCCGGCGACGACCUCCGGAUUGUCAUGGUCGACAAGGCCGCCACCGACCGGAGCGGCGCUGUUGGCGAGGGAUUGUCCGCCAUCAACAUGUACAUGGGCGGUCGCUGGGGAUGGAACCAGCCCGAAGAUUACGUUGAGUACGUCCGCAAUGACAUGAUGGGCGUUUCCCGGGAAGACCUGGUGUACGACAUCGCCCGCCACGUGGACAGCAGCGUCCACAUGUUCGAGGAGUGGGGGUUGCCCUUCUGGUACGACGACAACGAACAGUACGUCCGUGAGGGUCGCUGGCAGGUGAUGAUUCACGGCGAGGCCUACAAGCCCAUCGUCUCGGAAGCCACCAAAAAAGCCCUCGGCCCGGAUAACCACUACGAACGCGUAUUCAUCUCCCACCUGUUCACCGAUGCCGACGACCCCAAUCGCAUCGCCGGCGCCAUCGGGUUCGGCGUUCGCGAGGAUGUGAUUUACGUUUUCAAGGCCAACGCCGUCGUAUGCGGCGCCGGCGGAGCCACCGCCCUGUUCCGUCCCCGCAGCGUGGGCGAAGGCAUGGGACGCACCUGGUACUCCAUCUUCGACACCGGCUCGGUGUACGGGCUCAUCAUUCCCAUCGGCGGCGAGAUGACCCAGAUGGAACACCGCUUCGUGCCCAGCCGGUUCAAGGAUUCCUACGGCCCGGUUGGCGCCUGGUCGCAACUGUUCCGUGCCGACCUCACCAACGCCGCCGGCGAAAACUACUUCAUCAACCGCCUGCCCGAACUCAAAAAAUACGAUCCCUAUGGUUCCGCCUUCCCAACGCCAACCCCGCUUCGUAACCACCUGCUCUGGACCGAAAUCCAGGCCGGCAACGGCCCCAUCCAGCUCAAAACCCCCGAAGCCAUCGAGGCGCUGGCUGCCGGCGACCCGGUGCGACGGCGGGAAAUUAUCGGGGAAGCCUGGGAAGACUUCCUGGACAUGACCAUCUCCCAGGCCAUCCUGUGGGCCGCCCACAACAUCGCCCCCGAAGAGCGCCCCUCCGAAGUAGUCCUGGCCGAGCCCUACAUCAUGGGCAGCCACAGCGGUGAAGCCGGCGCCUGGGUCAGCGGCCCCGAGGACGUCGCGCCCGACGGUUAUCAUUGGGGAUACAGCAAGAUGACCACCGUAAGCGGCCUUUUCGCCGCCGGCGAUGGCGUUGGCGCGUGUCCGCAUAAAUUCUCCUCAGGAUCGUUUACCGAAGGGCGCUUGGCCGGUAAAUCCGCCGUGGCCUACGCCCUUGACCACCAGACCCUGCCCAAGGCCGACGACCGUCAGAUUGACCGGCUCAAGCAGCAGAUAUGGGCGCCCAUGGUAACCUUCGAGACGAAUCAAUACGCUUCCACCAAUCCCGACGUGAAUCCCAAUUACCUGUCUCCCCGUCAGGGUCUGUUCCGCCUGCAAAAGUUGAUGGACGAGUACGUGGCCGGCGUUUCUGCCGGUUUCACCACCAACGAAUCGACCCUGCUGCGUGGCCUCGAAUUGAUGGGCAUGUUCCGCGAAGACCUGCAAAAACUGGCCGCCCGCAGCCGUCACGAACUGCUGCGCUGCCAUGAACUCAUCCACCGGGCCUGGGUCGGCGAGGCUCACCUGCGCCACAUGCUGCACCGCAAGGAAACGCGGUGGCCCGGUUUCUAUUACCGUAGCGACUAUCCGGAGAUGGACGAAGCCAACUGGCGUGUGUUCGUAAAUUCCCGCUACGACCCACAGCAGGAAACCUGGGAUGUGUUCACACGCCCCUGUCCCCAGGUGUUCUAG